AUGGCUGGGCCUAUGCAAGACGUCGUGGAAGAAGAUGCUGCUGAUCUUCAAUUUCCAAAAGAAUUUGAAAAUGCUGAAACACUUCUUAUAUCAGAAGUUGAUAUGCUACUAGAACAUAGAAAAGCACAAAAUGAAUCAGCUGAAGAAGAACAAGAAUUUUCCGAAGUGUUUAUGAAGACUCUAACCUACACUAAUAUGUUUAAGAAAUUUAAAAACAAAGAAACCAUAACUGCUGUCAGGAACCUUCUACAGUCUAAAAAGUUACACAAAUUUGAGGUUGCAAGUUUAGCGAACUUAUGUCCAGAAACACCAGAAGAAGCUAAAGCAUUAAUACCAUCUUUAGAAGGAAGAUUUGAAGAUGAAGAACUUAGAAUAUUGUUAGAUGACAUACAAACCAAACGUAGUAUACAAUAU